AUGGCCACCUCACAGAAGCGUCUCAAUGCUGGCCGCCGCUUCAUUUCCAUGCAACAUACACCGUACAAUCUCAGAUCCAACGUGCGCUCCCCCCAUACGCAAACCAUGACCACCAGCCAAGUGAUACAAAAGCGUAACGCCCAGGAAGCAGUCGGCAAUAUUCUAUCUCAUGAACUGCAACAUGUCACCUACGAAGGCGACUGGGUUGCCGACCACUUCUGUCCUGCUCACGCAGAGACGGUCGAACAAGUAAUUGAGCAUUUAGGGAAGGCAGAUAUCUGGAAGUGUUCGACCCCAGAGACUCUGAAUAUCAGCGACAUGCAGGACUGGCCUGGCGAAACCUCAGCUGCAACUGCUUCUUGCGGACCGUUUACUACCCUUCUCAAUAAGACUGUCGAGGCGUUCGCAGCAUGCUAUCCAAAGGAGUUCAAACGAUCAUAUCUCAGAGACGUUAGAUUCAAACAUUAUGCAAAAACAAUGCAGGAGACAGGCGAAUGUGCAUUGAGGCCGAGUAUUAUCGCUCUCACAAAGCUGCUUCUGAACAAGGGAAGAGCGUCCUGGUAUUCCACCGUAUUCGCAGGAGAAGUCAAUUCUUGUUGGAAGAGGCUCGUCCUGCAGGCUGGAGCGUAUGCGCGCUGCCUAUUCGCAGCGUCAGAUCAUCGCAUCUUCAUUCCUAUCUUGGCUCUGGAUCACUCAACUUCUACGUUCCGCCUGUUAUUCUAUCAUCGUAGCGGAGUGCUCGCCACGCAUGCUAUGCAACUCCAGACAGUGUCCGGCUUCAAAGACUUCGUCUCCACCAUCGUCGGGAUGUGGCUCUGGCGAGAGCCCUCACAGGCUGGAUAUGUGCCUACGCAGUUGCCCGCCUACCUCUCCUUCAACAAUAUCAAGUAUUUCAUCCACUACAUCUGCUGCCGUCGUCAGGCUAUUCGUGGGCGAGUGACCACAGUGUAUUAUGUGGAGUGCGAGGAGCCCGCUGAGGACAUAACCCGGUACUUUGUGGUGCCUCAAGAAGAUUGCGGCGGUCUAGAGUGGAGAUGCCUGAAUCCGUUCGAUUAUGAUGAUCGGCAACCUGAUGAUAUUCAAGUGUACCAAGAAGGCGACGAGGAAGGCGGAAUGAGGGAAGGUGGAAGUCAGGAAGAUGUAGUGUCCACACAAGAGCUCAUCCUGGCUGAGCCACUCCCCGAAUGCUUCAUUGUCAAAUGUUCCCACCAACCUCUUGGCCGGAUAACGGAGCUUGAAGUGUUCAGCGCCGUGCAAGGAUUCAUUGGUAUCCCCUAUAUCAUCGCAGAAUAUGAUGCCCUGUGUUUUACAAUCCCCGCCGACAAAAUGCCCGCGCCAUGGAGGGUGCUCAUUGACACGAAGGAUGAUAUGCUGCCGUACGAGUCUCGGGUCCACAAACACAUCGUUAUGGGGUCUGUUGGUGCACGUCUUACUCCGGAGAUGACCUUCCAGCAAGUUGGAUGUGCGCUGCUCCAUGCAAUGAUAGGACAUUGUGCGCUAUUCACGGAAGGGGGGUACCUCCAUCGUGACAUCAGUAUCGGAAACAUACUUUUCCUCGAUGAGAUCUCUCGGUCUGAUUGGAAAAUUCCGCCUAUCUUACACGGAAUAGUUACGAGCAAUGAAUGCAGCGCGGUCCUCAUCGAUGGGGAUGUCGCCAAGAAGUGGGGCACUCCUCCGCAGGCUUCAGAUCGACCUGGGACCCUGCCGUUCACAUCGGCGAACCUGGUAGACUCCUGGACGAAGAACAAAGCAGUUGUACAUACUCCAAUCGAUGACCUAGAGUCAUUCGCUUGGGUUCUCUUGUACGACGCCCUUGCAUGGACACCUGCGAGCGAAAGGACAGUGGACGAAGAUGAUUGGUGGAAAAAUAUAAACGGCGAAGAUCUGGGUUCACUCGCGGAUUUCAAAGUGAGGCUUCUAGAGAUCGAUUGGGGAUCGCGGAUGGCAGACAUCGAGGACGAUCUCUCCGGAAUCCUUGCUAUAUUUCAGCCUUUACUUCACGCGUGGUUCCUCCAGUCCAGCAGAUUCGCUGCAGCCCACAGACAAUUCCUUCGCAAGCAGUGCGACGAAAACGAGUUCACCCAACUGUACCAUGAUGCGUAUAAAGCUUUCACUUCUGUUGGCCUGGAUAAAUGUGCCGCGCUUCCCGAUAUUCCUAUCAAGUCUGUAUAUGAAAACCUAUUGUACCUCCUGCCACAAACCACUGUGAUCAAACUUUCAUACGCUCAGGAAAUUCUCGGCCAGUCUGAGGACGAUACAGACUUGCAUUUUUAA